GACGUCGCGCGUUUACAUUUUUUCGGACGCGAAGGACACUGGCAGGAUAGAAAGAAAACACGCAAAAGAAAAUGUGGAGUGAAUCUGAUUACUUUUUAACAUUAGAAGAAAACAAUAAAGAUGCAUAUAAAAAAAAAUUAACUUUGUCAAAUGGAAUGUUACUCCCUGACCCUUUCGUACUUGAAAAUUGGAAAAACGACGUUUCAAUGAUGCCCGACAUUACAUGGGGUGACAUGUACAAUUACCUUAUUAACUCCCCAAGUAACUUUACACACGAUUCAAUGAAAGCCUAUAAAUCAUUGGAAUCGUACAACUUUUACAUUUGUGGGCAUGUUCAAGAUGUAUACUAUAAUUUAAUUGAAGAAACGAAUGAAUUUUGUUUCAUUAAAUCUGAGGUGCUUCCAAGUCAAAGACAAGGAAAGAAGCAGAAAUGUUACGAAGUGUGGGUUGCAAUAAAUAAAGUUAAUGGGUGGAUUUUAACGGCAAAUUGCAAAUGCAUGGCAGGAUUGGGCUCUGUGUGUAGUCACAUCGGUGCUUUGUUGUUUAAGCUUGUUGCGUGUGCACAGCUCGGUUUAAAUAAAAUAUCUUGCACAAGCACAUUGUGCAGUUGGAAAAAAUCACGCAAAUCAGCAACCCCAGCCCCACUAAAAAAAAUAAACUUUUCGCGACCAAAGAAGCGUGAAACUCUUCCAAAUAUUAGUGACAAUGAAAACUCACAGGAUGAAAGACCUUACAGCUUUAAGGAUCCUACACCAACUUCAGAUAGUAAAAAAAAAAAGUUGCUAGAACUAAAAAAAUUGUAUAAGAAUGCUGCUGUUCUUCAGUCUGUAGACAUUAAAAAUGAAAGCAAAGAACAUUGUAGUGAUACAGAUACUGCGGAGGAGGAUGACAGUUACAAUGAAUAUAAUUUGCCGGAACCACUUACUUCACUAUAUUUGCCUGCAUCAAUUAAUUUAGAUGAUUCCACCUUAACAAAAUAUUGCGCAGAAUCAUACGAGGAGUACAAAAUCACUCAAAGUGUUAACAUGUACAGCAAUUUACUUAAAGUUACAAAUAUUCAAAGCGCUAGUAGAAUCUGGAAGUUGCACAGGGCAGGUAGAAUAACAGCAUCGUUAUCAAAAACUGCGUACAACAUAAAAGUUGAUAAAUACCCUAAGUCGUUUAUAAACACAGUGAUGCAAUACAACGCAGAAUUCAUUACAAAACCUACGAGUUAUGGUAAGAAAAUGGAGACUGUAGCAAUAAAUUCUUACAAGCAAUUUGUCGCAAAAACACAUACAAAUAUAGUUGUUACAGAAACUGGAUUGCAUGUUCUUCACAAAAAUCCAUGUCUUGGUGCUUCACCUGAUAGUAUGGUGUGUUGUGAUUGUCAUGGUUCCGGUGUAGUGGAAAUUAAGUGCCCAUAUAAGUAUAGAAAUGGGUUAGAAAAUUGGAAAACAGAUACGGAUUUUCCUGUAAAUUUUGACAAUACAGUAAAGAAAACACACCAGUAUUACUUUCAAGUGCAGCAAGAAAUGUAUAUUACUAAUACUACAUACUGCCAUUUUUACAUUUGGACCGAAGGAAAAAAUGAAAAUGAUACAAUGUUAAUUAAUGUUCCGAUUGAUAGGGUCUUUUGUGAAAAACUGGAAACAAAGUUGACAACAAUAUUUUUUAAAUUUUUACUACCUGAAAUAGUGUCUAGAAAAAAUGAUCCUAACAACCUUUUGAGCGAUCAAACAUACUGCAUUUGCAAACGUCCAAGUUUUACACCAAUGAUUGGAUGCGACGGAAAAAACUGCAAAAUAGGAUGGUUUCAUUACAGUUGUAUUGAAAUAAAAAAUGCCCCUAAAGGUAAAUGGUUCUGCAAGGAAUGCAUAUAAAUAAACUAAAGGAUAUAUUAUAUUUAUUAAAUAUCUUACUUUGUCAACGACAUUUUGGCACUUUUUUCAGAAAUAAAAAAUCAAUAAACUGUUAACAAUUCUUAUUAUUUAGU